AUGCCAGCUACCGGCGAGGGUCCUGGCGCCGCACAGCCGGCGGCGGCGAGGAGGCCGAGCAGGUACGAAUCGCAGAAACGGCGUGACUGGCAGACGUUUGUGCGGUACCUGGCGGCGCACCGCCCACCGCUCGUGCUGCGCCGGUGCAGCGGCGCCCACGUACUCGAGUUCCUCCGCUAUCUCGACCGCUUCGGGAAGACCCGCGUCCACGCGCCGCCCUGCCCGUCCUACGGCGUACACGCGAUAACGGCGACGGCGCCGUGCCCGUGCCCGCUCCGCCAGGCUUGGGGCAGCCUCGACGCGCUCGUCGGCCGCCUACGCGCUGCCUUUGACGAGCGCUACAGCCGCAGCGUCAGCGCGCCGCCGCCGCAGCAGCAAGACGCCAGUUGCAACCCCUUCGCCGCACGCGCCGUCAGGCUAUACCUGCGUGACGUCCGCGAUGCGCAGUCCAGGGCGCGCGGCAUCUCCUACCACAAGAAGAAGAAGAAGCGCAAGCUUGCCACUGGAAGCUGCACCGUGGAGGCCUCGUCCUCCAAGAACGGCGGGUGCGCGGACGGCGUACGCGGGCACAACACUACGACGACGAUGAAGGCUAACGUGGCGCCGGUGCCUCAAGCACCGCCACCGCUGCCGCCUCUGCCGCCAAGCCUGGCCGGGGUACCGUUCGAGUGCGGCUCCGACACGGGAAGCAUCGUUGGAGGAGGAGGAGGGUCUACUGGCGCCGGCUGCUACGGCGGCAUAUACUUGCGGUUGUUCUUCAACGCAUUUAAUUAG